GCCUGUGGGGCAGUCAGUCAGUGGUGCGGCGUGAGAUAUAUAAUGCAAAAAAGAAAAACCAAAAAGGGAAAGUGAACAAAAUCGUUGAUAAUGGUGAACAGAUUCUUUCUUGAUAUUUGCGAUCCCGAGAAUCAGCAGUAGAAGGCAAAGAAGAGCGCGAGAGGACGAUGCACUAGCCGCGGGUGCCGGGGCCUGCAACGCGAGAGGCCGAGGGACAUGGACGAGCUCGAGUGUCGCUGGCCCGCAGAGUAAGAUGGCCCCGGAAGGGACCUGAGACGCUGCCCAUCUCGCGCGGCCAUGUAAGCCCUCGUGGGCGGGGAUGUGGCUAGUGUAAGCAGCCGUCGACGCCUCACGAGUUAUGGGCGGCGGCGCGACACAGCCGCCCGAAGGAGCAGCACCCGCAGCGCCGUCGCCGUCGCCGUCGCCUGCGAGCGCCAUGAGCCGCAGCUGGCCGCCCGCGCUCACCGCCUCCCCCGGGGUGCUGAUGGUGGUGGGCGGCGGCGGGGGCGCGGAGCCUCCCUCCCUCCCGCCGCCCGACGGGGGCGUGGCAGGGGGGGAGGCCCCGGCGGGCUGGUGGCAGGAGUGGGCCAACGACUCCGCCGAUGACAACUCGAGCCUCGUGUUCGGGGGCAACCUGAGCCUGCACCACGGGGGCGGGGAGGAGGGGGACGACGCCCUCUCCGCGCAGCUGGCCGCCUCCGCCGUCACCGCCCUCAUCCUCGGCGUCAUGAUCCUCGCCACCAUUGUGGGUGAGUAG